AUAAUAUCAUGCGCGCACAGCAUUGCUUCAGGCAGCACGAACGUUCCAAUUGAGCCAGCGACAAGUUCGCUAUGACAUUCUUGUGUGCGCCGCUGCCCGAGGCGCACAGAGCUUGAGUUCCAUCCGAGGCGAGAGCGCCACCGCAAUCAGGCUCGUCGGCCCACGUCCAGCGCCUGCUGCCGAGACGGAACACCAGCCCGCCUGGGCGCUCGGCGCGCAGGAGCACGCGUUAGCUUGCGAUGGACUCACACUCACAGGGCGCGUCGCUCGCCUCCCUGCGGCCACGCGGCGUCCGCAAAAUAGCUCUUGAAGUAGUCCCUGACGCAACGCUGGCGAGGCUCGGCAUUCCCAAGGGGAGCCUAAGGAGGACCGCCGACGUUGGUGCUGCAGCGGGUACGGGCGCCAUCGUGGCCACCACCACGGUGCUCGUGGGCGACUCCCCACAGCAGCUCACUCUCCGGAGCGUGCCGCCCGAGGUGCAGGCCGCCUUUGAUGCCCAGCAGCUACUGCUGGCAACGCAGCCACCUCCGCAACAUCAGCUGCCACCGCAGCAGCAGGGUUGGCUCCCUGCUACUACUUUUGCUCCGUCUGCGGCACCGCAGCCGGCGGCGGCCAAACAGGAGACAUCACCUCAGCAGCCGCGCGCGCUGACUGUGCAGGUUGCAGGCAGCAGCGGGGGCGGCAGCUUUAGCACCGCCGACACGAGCGGCACGCGCGGCACAGCAGCAAGCGGCGGUCUCAACAACGCCAGCGGAGGGCCCGCCGGCAGCGCCGCCGCCGGCAUCGGCGGGGCCAACAGGGCUGACAGCUGCGGCGGCGGGUACAACUACGGCGAAGACGCCGGCGGCACUGCUGGCGCCGUCGCCGCCGGCGAUGUCGGCCCUGUCACCGCCGCUGUCACGGCGGCGGCCGCUGCUACAUACAACACUGCGGGCGGCAUCCCCACCACAACUCUUCAUGAUGGGCAGGAGGAGGAGCAGUGGCAAUGGCAGCAGCAGCAGCAGUGGCAGAUGCAGUAUGCGACAGUGGUGGCACCGCCGCCGGCGCCGCCGGCUCGGGAGCAGCAGCCUCUGCGCUACAACCCCGCCGCAGCUGCCGCUAGCUCCCGCUGCGGCAGCGACAACAAGGUGGCCGUCAUGGAGCUGAACGGCCGCCGUUACGUCGUGCGGCCCGUGGCUGCGGCGCCCUCGCCGGCGGCGGCGGCGGCCGCGGCGAUGUACACGAGGGAUGCAGCAGCUGCCGCCACCGGCGGCGGCGAGGUGUAUGCAGCGGCGGCGAGCGACGCCGGCGGCGGCAUGUGUUCCCCCAUACGUGCCAACGGCCCUGCUGCGGGUGCUUCUGCUGCCGCCGCGGUUGAGAAUGGCUAUGUCUGGCCAUUAUCAUCAUCAUCGCCUACUGCUGGCUGCUGUGCCUGCAGCACGCCGCCACCGGCGGCGGCGCCGCCGGAUGCCGGCGGCCAGCUGGAGCAGCAGGAGUGCUGGCAUGGUUACGGCGGUGGCCAUGCGGCUGCGGCGGCGCCGCCGGCUUUGGCUUCGGCGGCGGCGCCGGUGCCGGCAACGCGCAUGUCAGUUGCGCCGCCGCCGUCUCAUUUGCGCUACCAGACUGACGGCGGCGAGUUGCUCGGCACUGUGGGUGCCACCGUGAGGGGAAAAUACAGCAGCGGCAGCGGCAGUGGCCUAAGUGGCCACUCCGUGGCGCCUCCGCGGCCGCCGCGGCCGCACCAGCAGCAGCAGUACCCGCCGCCCAUCCGCCGCCGGCGGACGGAGCAGUCCCAGCAGCAGCAACAGGUGACCUACGACGAGUACGGCCGCCGAGUCAUCACUGUGCAGCUAGCGGCACUGCCGCGGCCGCUGCGGCGGGCGAUUGCCGCCGCCGCAGCUGGCGGACCCAACACACCUGCAGACUACGCAUCGCUGGGGUUGCCCUGGCCCUGGCCCGGCUGCGCCGGCGGAAUGAUGCCGCCGCCGCCGCCGCCGCCGCAGGCACCGGCGGCACCGUCAUCGGCACCGCAGUGGAGUGCUGGCGGCAGCUCAUUCGCGGCCGCCGCGGCGCCGCCCGGCGCCGACAGCGGCUGCGGCGGUGGCUUCCCAGCAGCUGAGCCGGCUCCGCCGCUGGUGUGGGCGGCAGAGCCGCUGCCGCCGCCGUCGCUGUCGUGUGGCGGCAGCAGUGGCGGCGGCUUCGGGACGACCGCCGCUGCGGACCCUGCUGUUGCUGGCGCAGCCACGGCGGCGGCUGCGGCGGAGCAGCAGCAGGUUCCGCAUCAGACGGGUGGCGGCGGCGGCGGUGAUGGCAACCUGCGCAUGGGCCACCACCAGGAGCUGGCAGCAGCAGGUCCGGCGAGGGAGGUGGCGGCGGCGGCGGCCCCUCAGCACUUCGCGGCCAUCACCAGCAGCAAUGGGAUGGAGUAUGCGCCGCAGCCGCAGCGGCGCAUACUGAGCACGCCUGCGGCGGCGCCAUCGCAGCCGCCGCCGCCGCCUUUGGCACACUACUACGCCGCCGAGCCCCCAGCGGCGGCAGCACACGACGCCUACACGCACGCGCGGCCGCCGCGGCGGCGGUACGCACCACCGCUGCAGCAGCGUCACAUGCCGUACGUGCGCGGCGGGCCGCCGCCACCACCGAUGCACGUGUCGCAGCAGCCGUACUAUUCGGUGGCGUCGCCGCCGUACGCCGCUGCAACGACACCGUACGAAGCUGACCCGUACAAUUACUACUGUUACGGGGACGAGCAAGCGUACGACUACUACCAGGCUGCCGCCGCCGGCGCCGCCGCAGGCCAACCGCCGCCGCCGCCGCUGCCGCCGCAGGCUGCAGAUAACCUGCAGCAGGCGCAGCAGUACGACGACUACGACUACUAUUGCGGCGGCGAGCAGUGCGGCGGCGGCGCCGCGUAUGGCGCAGCAGCUGUGUACGGCGGCGGCGGUGGUGGCGGCUAUAUGGGCGAGACGGCGGAGGGGCAUGAGGCUGUAUAUGCAGCAGGCGCUGGCGGCGCUGGCUAUUACUAUGAUGGUGACGGCGGCGUGCAUCCGGCGUUGGCGAUGGCGGCGCCCGCCGCUGCCGCUGUUGGCAAUGAGGCAUACCAAGGCGCGCCCGCUGACUCCUAUGUCAACUACCAGCAUGGGCCGCAUCAGCACCAGCAGCCGCCAGGCGGCAGUGCUCUUACCUUAGAAGGGGGUUCGGGGCGGGCAGCGUAGAUGACCCCCACGCUGGACCCCAGACUUCCUACGCUCAAACACAUUUCUUGGGGGGGCCACGCCCAAACCCCCAAAUCGUAGAAAUGGGACCGGCAGCUGCCGUGACACGGUAGAUUGGCACUCGGAAAUGCUUAAAACCAUAUGCGAUUUUGGCGGGUUUGGUGGAAAUUGCUACACAGAGUAUCAGAGAUAAGAGCGCUGACAGGCGGCGCCGGCGGUAUGUUGUUGUACCCGGGGGAAAGUGAGGGCGGCGGCAUGGGGGACGGCGUGGAGGCAGCGGCGCCCAGCGGCGGCAGCAGCGGCGGCGCAGGGUUCGUGCCACACCUGCCGCCGCCGCCGCCGCCGCCGCCCAACCUGCCGCAGUACGUACCUGCGCUACUGGCCGCUGGCGGCUCCGCAGCCACAACACCUAGAGGCGGGUUCGGCUGUGCCGCAGCCGCAGCCGCCGCAGCCGCAGACACCACCGGUGGGGCAGUCGGUGCACGCAGCAACAGCAGCCGGUGCCGCCGCCGCCACAACCAGUUGCAGUGGAAUAAGUGAUGUGGUGAUUUUAGGCUUUUGAUGAUGCGCCUGAAUGAAGCGGCUUUACUAGCAGCAGAACUAGUAUUAGCAGAGGUGACAGAGUAUAUGUUGAUGUUUGCCAUGAGGUUAUUCUUUGCCUGGAGCAAUCAACCUUGCUCUUAGGCGUGUAUGGGAACAGGUGGGGGUGCAUGUGCAUGUGAGAUGUAUGGCCUGCUUUUGCAGCGGUAGCAGUGUGCACGUAUGUGGGGGUUGCACGUGUUCGACAUGCCCACAUCGUGUUGGUUGUGUGGGGAGGAGUGCUCUACUAAUAAUCCUGUUGUUAUUAUGGCACUGUGUGAAACCGCGCCUGGAAGUUACAAACGGCAUGCGCCCUGAGUACGUGCAGGUUCAUGUGCACGCACUGCACUGCACCUAGCAGCUAGCGCGUGCGGCGCCACGUGUAUGUGUAUGUUCAUGACGAAACCGUUUGUUGCCAGGGGUGGUGCUCCUGCUUGUUACGGUUGCCACUCCUGGUUUAUUGAUGCGGAGAAGAUUUGCGUGUCGUUGAGCGCCUUACGUACGGUAGCAGCGGGUGUGGCUUCCCAGCUUGUGUCACAAGCUCACAACAUGCUCUGGCCACCACAACUACAAAGGAUUGCGGGUUCGGUGUGCGCUCAAUCCGCAGGGUUCUUGUUAUUUCAUCGUUUGAGGGCACGUUUCGUGUGUUUUGUACAUGCUAGAUUUUUAACACGUCAACACGGAAGGCGCUGGCGUCUCUUGUUGAUGUGCGGACUGCGAUGCAUACAUGUCAGGUCCAAAUCCUGGGUUCCACUAUUGCGGUGCAGCCGCCGCAAUUUGAGCCGCAGCCCGGACAUGUCCAUUCGCGGCCUGUGGUUGAAAAUGCUUGAAAAAACGCAACACGCACAAGCGAACAUGACGUUGUAGAGCCGAGGCCAGUGAGCUAGCACAAGCAAAAAGAAAGGCGUGAGCAUGAGCAGCGACCGCAACUGCUACGUUACCUUUGACGAGAUAACCGGUUAACGUACUAAUGCAGCGGCAGCGGCAGAUGAGGGCAAAAGGGCGGGGGCCGUGUGGGGUAUGUAUGAUUCAAGGUGUUGCAGGCAUGUGCAGUGUGCAGAUGGAAGGGGGCACGGAUUGCUUGUUAGGGCCGUUGCCACGGUGUGCCGUUGGGGGACGGGGCGGCCGCAUGUGAGGCCGCAGCACGCGAGGCAUGGGUGCUUGUUUGUGCUGCGCUGGAAGCGGUUCAAAGCUCUUGAAUGGCAAGCGUAGUGUUCAUGAGUGCCUUCCAUGGGUCGUACGUUCUUGCUGCGGGGCGCAGCCCAACAAAUAUCUGUAUCACUUAAUUGCAUGCUGUUCCCAACUUGGAUCCUUCAAUCAUAAGUCACUGCUGAUUGUGCUGGAAUGUUUUAUGUGCGUCAUGGGGAUUCAUGCUGUCUUUACUCUCAGGCCGUGUGCCCAAAUCGCACGCGCUGCUAAUGACUGCUGUUUGCAUCUAGCUAGGAGGACAGACAGGGUUGAGCACAGAGGAGGCAGGCAGGCCCGGCACGCGGGAAUAUCGACUCGCGGAGAGAGUCUGCUCCCGCCAGAGGUGUAGGGUGAGGCCUGAGGGCGCAUGAGCGCAGGGCGCGCCUGCGUACUGUAUCUUGUUUGCCAAUACGUGAACAUAUACUGAGACGAAUCAGAAAGAUGUGGCGCAGAGCAAAACCGGAGAAAGGCGCGCCGGGGCCCCAUGUUGCUCAGGCUUGCAUACACGGUAUGCGCAGGCAAACAUAGACCUGCCGCUUUAGCUGCACCGAGAUGCAUGCUGUUAUGGUGUUGCAAGAGGUUGGUAUGUGCCUGAUGCGCGAUACGUCCUGUGAGCAGAAGGAAUGCGGCAGGUCUGGCUGGAUUCGGGGACGCGUGCCAGGGCGUUUGUCGCGGCAGUUGACAAGCUUGGUUUUGGUCACAGGUGGCGCUCAUGAUGAUGAGGGUUGACAUUAAAGUAUGAGUAGCACUGACAUGGUGAAGGUUGCAUAGCCGGGCCUGCCGAUAGCCAGCCAGACUUAGACGGGGCUUCGCAGCACCGGUUACGUCUACGAGUGGUCAAGCCCGCCGAUCGGCGCGAGGCGUUCCAGUCAGUUCCGGUUGUGUGCUUUUAACACAAAUACAUGCGCCCAGGAUAAGCUCAACAUCUUCUCAGUCGCACUGAGUUGUAAGUCAGCGAGGCC